CAUUUCUGACGCUGACUGCCUGAUCAGCGUAGGUAAGCACCGGCGUACGGCGUUUGUUUAUGCCAAAUAAAUCCAGUCCAGACAAGAGAGGGGUGGAAGAGAAGAGAAGGUCGAGGCCAUGGUCUAAGCUUCUAGCUAGCUGCCUAUAUAUACAAGGCCAUGGCCAUGGCAAGGCUGGUGCUGGGCUAGAGAAGAAAGGGCUGGAAGGCUAGAGAAACUAGAAAGAGGAGGGACGUUUGCCUUGCUCCCAAGGAGACAGAGAUAGCUUGUCUUCUGUGAAAGGAGAUCGAGAUGAUCAAGGGAGACCAGAGGCAGCUUCACGGCCAUGAAGAGCGGCUGAAAGAUCAGAUGAGAGAUGAUCAUCGAGCCUCGGAAGGCAAUUUUUUCAAGUUCUUGCAAAACCAGUCAAGCACAAAAAAAGAGGCCCAAGAAGACAAGAUCGCGUCCACAAGGGCAGAGAUGGGCGAAGUGAGAAAAGAGAACGAGAGGCUGAAGACGAUGCUGUCACGGAUGGUGGAGAACCAUCGAUCCCUUCAGAAGCAGUUCGAUGUUCUCCACCAGCAAGGGCGAGGCAAGAACCUCGUUGUGGGCUCACCGGCGCACACAUCGCUUUCCAACGACGUCAAGGAGCCCGGGUUCAUCUCUUUGCGCCUCGGAACGAGUGCCGGCACGAGCAGGCAGAGCAUGGGAGAAAAGAUCAAGAGAGGCAUUAAUAAUCCAGAAGGCAGAGACAUGUCUCUUGAACUAUCACCAGGCUGCAAAGCUGUUGGUGCAGCCGGUCAAAGUGAGACGAAGGUGGGUCGGGAUGUGCUGACGUUGAGCCCUGGAGGCAGCUCCGAGGAGGAGGCCGUGGAGACGACGACAACGUCAGCCGCAGCGAGCAAAAUGGUGAAGAACCCGAGGAGCACCGGCAGUGGCGUGGAGACGGAGGACGAAGUGGCCCAGCAGCCACUGCCCAAGAAGGCCAGGGUGUCUGUGAGGGCUAGGUGUGACACGCCAACGAUGAAUGAUGGAUGCCAGUGGAGAAAGUACGGGCAAAAGAUAUCCAAAGGGAACCCAUGUCCGCGCGCCUACUACCGCUGCACGGUCGCAACAGGGUGCCCCGUCAGGAAGCAGGUGCAGAGAUGUAAGGAGGACAUGUCGAUCCUGAUCACCACCUACGAGGGUGCGCACAACCACCACCUUUCCGCCUCCGCCACCGCCAUGGCAUCCACCACUUCUGCCGCUGCGUCCAUGCUCAUGUCAGGCUCCUCCACCUCACUUGGCUUCCCCUCCACCGCCUCCAGCCUCCACGACCUCAGGUUCGGCCUCCCAACGGCAACCACUGUCAACCCGUCCAACCAGCUGACCGGCCAACCGUUCUUCCUCCCGGUAGCCGGCGACGCAUCAAUCAGUGCCACCCCGUCAUACUCCACCAUCACCCUCGACCUCACCUCGCAGGCCACCUCGCAACACGCCUUCUCCCUUAGCAAUAGCAACAGGUUCUCCUCCAGCUUCAUCGACUCUCACGGCCACAACAACAACACUAGUAGGUACCCUUCCACGAGCUUCUCCUUCUCUAGCUUCGACGAGUGUAGCCUACCCGACGCCGCCACGUGGCCAUCAGGCAUUGGAUCAUACCUGGGCUACGGAUCCUCGUCCGGCACGUCCUACAACGGCCCCAACAAGGGCACAUUCAAAGCUGCAUUGAGCAGCAUCCAUGGAAGGCAACAAGGCUCAGCGGCAUCGCUCUACCAGCCAGUGCAUGUGCGACAGAGGGCGGCUGAGUUGAGAAGUGGUGGCACGAGCACGGCGGCGCCGAUCAUGCUCACUGAUACGAUCGCCAAGGUGAUUACCUCGAACCCAGGCUUCCACACGGCGCUUGCAGCUGCUAUCACAUCGUACGUCGGCAAGCCGACAACAGGAGGCGAGAAGGGGCUCGAGCGGGGGGACCACCUCGGGCUCGGGCCGUCGAGUGCGGCGACUGCAGUGUGCUCGCCAGCGCUUCUGGCACAGUUGUCUUCAACGGCAGCCACACAGAACGGUUCUCCAAAUGGCAGGAUGAGGUUGGAGCCGUCGUUGCAACUGUCAAGCUCCACAAGUGCUACUGCUUUGACAUCUCCCAUAUAAAGAGCAUGGAGCACAUCAAUUGGUUAGAUGAAGGUUAUGAGUUAUGUUUGUGGAUUAAUUUGAUCAUUUAGUGUAGAUAUAUAUUGACUGUAGCAUAAUUGCUGAAAAUGUGUUGAUUGAUUCACCAUUCACAGCCUAAACACACACCAAGAUUUUGUGUUUGUGACAAGCUAUUUGCAUUUGCCAAGAA